AACAGGCGGCGCCGUCAAACCAGUGAUGACCUACUACGUCAUCAUUAGUGGCCGAACCGUGUCGAGCAGACCUCAGCAAUUUCUUGCAAACUAGUCCAAAAACUCCACACAAAUGGCCUCGGACGAUGCGUUUAAAGUGUCUUCCCUGAGGGGGAAAGUCGCCCUGAUAACGGGGGCCAGCUCGGGCAUCGGCGCGGGAGCGAGUCUCCUGUUCGCCAAACUCGGAGCCCUGUUGGCUCUAAACGGCCGCGACGUGGACAACCUGAAGAAGAUAGCCAAGCAGUGCACCGACUGCGGAGCAGCCGAGCCGCUGCUCGUGACCGGAGACCUCACCGACGAGGACACGGUGAAGAGGACGGUGGAGCGGACCGUCGCCCACUUCGGCCGGCUGGACGUCCUCAUCAACAGCGCCGGGAUCCUGGCCAUGGGCAGCAUAGAGACCACCGACCUGGCCCAGUACGACAAGGUCAUGGACGUCAACGUCAGAGCCGUUUACCACCUGACUCAGCUUUGUGUGCCCCACCUGAUCAAGACCAAAGGCUCCAUCGUCAACGUGUCCAGCGUGAACGGGCAGAGAUCAUUCCCCGGCGUGCUGGCCUAUUGCAUGUCCAAGUCCGCCAUCGAUCAGUUCACGCGCUGUACGGCGCUUGAGCUGGCAUCAAAGCAAGUCCGAGUGAACUCUGUCUGCCCGGGUGUGAUCAUCACCGAGGUCCACAAGAGAGCAGGACUGGACGAGGACCAGUACGCCCAGUUCCUUGCAAAGUGCAAGCAGACCCACGCCCUCGGCCGCCCGGGGGAGGUGGAGGAAGUGGCCAACAGCAUCGCCUUCCUGGCGUCCGACGCCGCCAGCUUCAUUACCGGAGUCAACCUCCCCGUCGACGGCGGACGCCACGCCAUGUGCCCGAGAUAAGAAGAUCAUGUACGCGAAGAUAGAGGCAUGAAAUCGCUCUUUCAACCUCUUUUUUUUUAUUUUUUUGGUUCCCGCUAAGACUGAUAGCGCAGCUGACAGAGAAUAAAGGAAGGGAAGUGCUUCAAGGACACAAUUUGUCCUCCGUGUUUACACGGGUAGCUGUCAGGAUUUGACAGUUCCACGUGUGAAAUGAAUAUCAGGAAGCUUAAACCGCAGGCAGCGUGAAUGAGUCUUAUUUUCUCGCUUUGCCAUCGACUUUUCUUUGAUGUAAAGAAAAAUUAAAGCUGCUUAUCAUCAAAA